AUGUGGGAGGUGCGCUCCCCCUCCUUCUGGAGGGCCGUCUUCGCCGAGUUCUUCGCCACCAUGAUCUACGUCUUCUUCGGGCUGGGGGCCUCGCUGCGCUGGGGGGUCGGGCCCCUCAACGUGCUGCAGGUGGCCCUGGCCUUCGGCCUGGCCGCGGCCACCCUGGUGCAGGUGCUGGGCCAUGUCAGCGGGGCCCACGUCAACCCGGCCGUCACCUUCGCCUUCCUGGUGGGCGCCCAGCUCUCCCUGCUCCGCGCCACCUUCUACAUGGUGGCCCAGGUGCUGGGCGGGGUGGCCGGGGCGGCCGUGCUGUAUGGGCUGACGCCGGCCGCCAUCCGCGGCAACCUGGCACUCAACACGAUCCACCCCGGCGUGACCCUGGCCCAGGCCACCACUGUGGAGAUCUUCCUGACGCUGCAGUUCGUCCUCUGCUUCUUUGCCACAUACGACGAGCGGCACAACGGGCGCGUGGGCUCGGUGGCGUUGGCCAUCGGCUUCUCCCUCGCCCUGGGACACCUCUUCGGGAUGUACUACACGGGAGCCGGCAUGAACCCUGCGCGGUCCUUCGCCCCCGCCGCCAUCACCCGCAACUUCUCCAACCACUGGGUGUACUGGGUAGGGCCCAUCCUAGGGGCCACCCUGGCCGGCCUCCUCUACGACUUUGUCCUCUGCCCCCGCAUGCGGGGCCUGGCCGAGCGGCUGGCCAUCCUGAAAGGCGAGCAGGUGGCGGAAGGGCAGGCCCCCCCGGAGCCCCCUGAGGAGCCUAUGGAGCUGAAAACGCAGGCGCUAUAA